UAAAUCUUUGUGAUCACAUCAAGCAUUUGUUCAUACUCAAGAAUCGAAUAUUUGUGGAAGAAUUUUUGUGAUAUCCACGUAUAAUGUCAUUCAGUCAUGCACUCUUUAAAGCAUUUGUAGCAAGAAACGCCAGUUACGUUAUCAAAAAAGCAUUUAGCAAGAAAUAUUUGUUGUUCACAAAUAUAGGGAUUUCCUGUAGCCUAUCUGGACUAGGAGACGUCAUAGAGCAGCAGGUGGAAUACUACCAAGGCGUUAUAAAACGAUGGGACCCAAUAAGGACUCGAAAUAUGGCCAUUGCAGGAAUAUCCGUGGGGACUGUGUGUCAUUUCUGGUACAUGAACUUAGAUAAACUUAUACCAGGACAGACUCUCAGGAUUGUUUUCACUAAAGUCAUGUUGGACAUGUUGAUAGGCUCCCCACUGUACCUAAGUGCAUUUUUCGUUACCCUUAAUGUUGCCGAAGGAUCAACUAAAGAACAAAUUGUGGAAGAAUUCAAGGAUAAGUCGUGGAAACUGUACCUAGCAGAGUGGAUAAUUUGGCCCCCAGCCCAGUUUGUGAACUUUUAUUUCUUAUCUACAAAGUAUAGAGUGUUGUUUGAUAAUGGGGUUUCACUACUUUAUGAUGUUUUUGCAUCUAAAAUUAUGUUCAAUCACCGUGAUACAGACUCAGACGAUUUAAAGAAGCAAUCAUGA